AGGUCUGAAAAAUGUAGGGGUUUGAAAAUAAUAACAAAGGCCAGUCAUAGCAAUACGACCUGUAUUUAAUUUAUUCCUCUACACCAAAACAUGAACUGAUUUGCAAAGGGACUUGUUGUCAUGUUAAUAAAAUAUGUACCGACCAUUUUUGGCGAAUAUUUUGGGUAUCGGACGCCAAAUUUUGACAAGAACGCGGUGUACGUUGUGACCGGACAAGUUUUAUCUGGCAUGCCAUAAUUAGUCACCUACAUCUAUGACGUUUUUAAGUAUGAAUAAUCAGAGGCAUGAAGAAAAUGAUAAAAAAUAUGAAGACUUGGAUGAAAGUGAGAGUGAUUCCAGUUUAGACAUCUUUCCUGCUAGUCCAGUGUUCAAAACCCCAUUGAUUGGAAUGAAGAAGGAAAUAACACACACAAAAUUGAGUGACCUGAACUUGGAUGAUUUGUUUCCCAACGUGACUCCAAGGAAGCAGGAAGAUCCAACUGAAGCCUCUUCUACAAAUGAAAUUUUGUGUUCUUCACCUUUUCGCAUUUCAUGUUUUAGCCCGAUCCUCUCGACGAAACCUGGGCCUUCCCGAGAAAUUCCAGAAAGUCUGGGUCCAUUGCUUUCUAAAGAUGAUGUUUCUUGGACAAGUUCGCUGGCCACCCCUCGCGCCCACAAUCAGUCGUGGACACACGCCAACUCUAGUGGCAGGAAGACAGCAUCAGCAGACAACUCUGAUUUUCUGCUCUCCUGUGAUGUCGGUCAAAGUGCAAUUUUCAAGCAGUCUGAUGUCAGCAAUUUCUUGGAUGCAUCUACAUCCAGACACUUGGAAGAAAGUCAUAAUGCAUUGGUUCAAUCUUCUAAUGAGACAGUUCUCAAUGAGAUACAUUCAAAGUGUGUUUCUCAGGUACACGACGUUAACGACAUGGUGUGCAAGCAAAAUAAGUGCCUUAAUGGCUCUCUGAGUGAUGAUGAAGAUUUGAAGAAGGAUCAAAUAAAACAUGGUGAUGAAAGAAGUUUCCUAAAAGAGGGUGACAAAUUUGUCAUCGCUAGAAGACUUUUUGAUCCUCCUGAUACGGACAUGAAAGAAAUUGAUUAUUUUAUUAAUGACUCAGAAGUGGAGCGCAUGGACAUGAGUCUUGAUAUAACCAACAAGUUCAUUCAUGUUGUCGAUGCACCUGAAUGUGUUUGUGAUAGACAAGGUGUGUGCGAAACUGUAAGUAAUUUACAGAUUGACUCCCAAAAUAAAUUGCCUUUGAAUGACUGCAACACGCAGGAAUUUUUCAAUAACUUGUCAUUUGGUACCCUGGAUGAAGUGUUUCAGGCAACCGAAAUUUUGGGUUCAACUGAGAGUUCCCCAUUAAAAAACCUAUCUGCAGAGAGUUCCAGUAGUAUGAUAUGCGUGAACGUAAAUUGUAACCCUAAAGAUAAUCCUGAGACUUCUAAAAUUACCAAUAAGAAAUUCUUGUUGAGUAGAACAUCUACACCUCUAAAUAGUUUAAAUAAAAAAGUUAAUUCUUUCAAGGAAAUGAACAGAAAGAAAAUCAAAUUUGUGUCAGAUGUUGAACACACUCCUUCACUUUUAGAUGUUGAAGCUAAGGAAAGUGAUACCAAUUUUUUCCCUGAAGAGUUGAGUAAAAUUGUGGCCCAGGAGAUGACUAGCAAAGAACAUUUUGAAAGCCCACAGAAUUCGACACCCUGUUCAAAAAUUAAUUCUAUCAAAAGAAUUUCAAAUAAUUUUAAAAGUUUUAUUUAUGCUCAUAGUUCAAGUGCUAAAACAUCGAUGAUUGCACAUAAUUCUGUAUUGGACCUAGCUGAUUUGUUGAAAGAAGCUCAGAUUCUAGAGGAUGGAGAAAUUUUGGGUGUAAAAGCUAGUGUUUUAACAUCCAAUGAACAGAAGAAAUGGUUAGAAAAUAGCUCUUGUGGUUAUUCAAAAAGUGAUUUUGUAUCAUUCAGUAGGUUUUGCAAACUCAAUGAUUCUAAUUCUUCAGUAACUACAGGCAGUCAUAUGAAGAAAAAUUUAAUGAGUGAUACUUUUGACUGUCACUACUUUCCUACUGAGCAUAGUGUUUUGCCAGUUAGUGAUAGUGCUUGUGAACUUAAUGAUAAGUCAGGAUCAGAAAGCCCAAUACUAGUUUCGUCACGUAGCAAACGUUUGAGAAUUGAAGAUGGGGAUGUCUGUAUUGAAUCUGAAACUUCACUAGAAUCAGGAGAUUUCCAUGACCAGUUAGCGAAGCGGAUAUGUAACCAGAGAACGGCGACUCCUUGCUUGGAGUCGGUGGAUGUUAAAGUACCAGUGAAAACCCUUUCAAUUUGUGACAAAAUUUGUUCGUGUGGUUUGAUGGGUGCUGAGUGUUUGUCUAAAUGUCUGAAAUUGAAAGGUGCAUCGAAAGAUUCAUAUUUCGCAGAUGUCAUGAGUAUGCUUGAUUUGGAGGAACCAGUACCUAAACUAAAAGAGAGACAUAUUUCAAUGGAAGUUGAGAGUAAGCUCUCUGGCACAGAUGACAUGUCCGCAAUGGAUGUUACGGACACACAGUUAAUUGCUGCUGGUGAAACUAUGGAAGCACUUUUACAGUUGAAGAAAAAUGGAAACUUUAGCCAUUGGCAAAGUGGGUUGAUGAAACAAGGUGUGCAGUGUAGAGAUAAAGUAUCAAGAGAAAAAUAUGAAAAGGCACAUGAUCAGGAAGAUAAAGGUGUAAUACAAAUUAACCAUUGUAGAAAUAAUGUUGGACCACUUUGUAAGGAGAAUCAUCCGAAUAAGAAUUGUUGUACAAAUGAUUCUUGCUUAGAAAACUAUGCAAAUUUGUUGGACUCUGACACUGUUGAUCAGUUUUUUGAAGACUCAUCAGAACUUAUUGAGAAAAAUAGGUCGAAUGAAGGUGAAACAAAGUUGCCUCGUGAAAGUGUUGUCACAGAAGGAAUGAAUGAAGAUAACAUAUCUGAAAUUAUUUCUGUAAGAGAGAAUGCUUGCAUUGAUGAAAAUAUUCCAAUUAAGAAUUCUGAACAAAAUGAUUUAAGAAGGAAAAAAAUGGUAGAAAGUAAUUUUACUUUUGUUGAUGAUUUCACUGGCAAUAUGUUUUCAACUGAUAAUAAGAACAGCAAUUCAAUAAACCACUCCAUGAAAGCACUUGAAAAAUCUAAUACUAUUCCAACUGGGUUUCUAUUGGCUAGUGGUAAAAUGGUAAAAGUUUCUAAGCAGGCUGUGGAAAAGGCAAAAUCUGUAUUUUUAGAAGAAAAUAUUUUUUCAGCCCCUAAAAAUACAAACAUCAACUUGACAAAAGAAAAUGUCACCUCACCCUAUAAGAAUUCUAUGGAUGAAUUAUUUCUUGUAGAAUCUAAAUUGGACACCUCAAUUGGAAUUGAUAUUAAUAAUUUAAAGGAAACUGUUUCUAGGGAUUUUGCAGGACAUGUGGAAAACAUUUAUUUGGAAACAAAGACAAAUAACAUGCACAUUCCUUUAGAAACUUGUACCAAAAUAUCAAAAGAAAUAACUAAAAGUGAUAUGAAAAUGGGCUCAGAAAAUGUGAAUUGUUCCUUUGCUUCAGACACUGUUGUAAAGAGUAUAAAAAAUCUUUCAGUACAAUGUUCUUCACCAUUUGAGAAAGAAAAUGAGGAUUCAGGUGCAUUUGCUUUUGGAGAUAAUGAACUUAUGUUGAAACAUAAAGACAUCAAUUGUGGUUUUUCCGCAGCGAGUGGAAAUAAAUUAAACUUUUCAAAAGAAGCAUUUAAGAAAUCACUAUCAUUAAUACUGGAAGAUGAAAUUUUCAAACUUCAGCCAAAGAAUUUGGUCUCAACAAUUGAGAAAAAACUAGAGGUUUCAUAUGAUACAAUUGGGGACUUAAAAGCUGGUAAAUAUUUAAAAUGCAGUGAAAGACCACAAAUAAGUCUUUUGAGUAGUAUACAGAAGAAUGAAAAAUGUUCAGUUGUGUCGAAAAGUGUGUCUGAAAAUGUACCCAGGAAUUGUUUAUUUUCUACAGUCAGUGAGAAGAAAGCGGAUGUUUCCAAGGAAGCUCUGAAUAAAGCAAAAAUGCUCUUUUGUGAAGAAAGAAUGUUGGAGUCAGAUAACGGAGAAAAUGUGGGUGUUUCUGUACAAGCUGUAAAAAAAUCAAUGUUAAAUUGUUCAGGGGAAAGCAUGCUGCAUACACCUAAAGAAAACUAUGCAUCUGAUGAAGAAAAAGGAAGCAUUUCUAAACCUUUGAUGGAGAUAGCUAAGCCAAAUUUUUCUGAAGUCAAUAUGUUAAAGACUUGGGCUUUCAACUGUGGGUUCACAACAGCUAGUGGGAAGAAAGUUACUGUUUCUGAACAAGCUAUGAAAACAGCACAGUUGCUGCUUUUGGAAGAAAAUAUUUUAGAACCCAAAGCAGGAAAUGUAGUGUCAUGUAAAGAUAAUGGAAAAAAUAUUGAUAGUUCAGAAAAAGUAAUAAAGAAUGCCAAGUCAUUUUCUUCAGAAGAAAAUAUGUUGAAGCCAAAGGUGGAAAGCUUGUUGUUUUCAACAGCUAGUGGAAAUAAAGUGAAUUUUUCUGAACAAACCUUGAAAAGAGCAAAACUAUUAUUUUCAGAAGAAAGCAUGUUGGAGUCAGGAGUUGAAAAUUUGGAAUUCUGUACAACUAGUGAAAAGCAAAUGGAUUUUUCUCUACAAGCUUUAAAGAAAGAUGAACUACCCUUUUCAGAAGAGAACAUUUCAAAGACAUCUGACAAUCACAGACUGUCUUAUGCAACUAGAAAUAAAGGAGGUGCUUCCAAGCAAGAAUUCAAAAAACCAAAAUUACUUUCUUCAGAAAAAAGUGUUUCUGAGUCAAUAGAAACAAAUCAUGGAUUCUCUUCUGCCAAUGGAAAGAAAAUAAAUGCAUGUGAACAUUCAAUGAAGAAAGCCAAAUUACUCUUUUUGGAGGAGAAGGUAGAGACAGGAUCCAAAAAUUUUGGAUUCUCUACAGCUAGUGGAAAGAAAGUAGAUGUUUCUGAAAGAGCUUUGAAGAAAGCCAAAAAACUCUUUUCAGAAGAAAACACAUCAGAGACCAAAUCAGAAUAUUGUGGUUUUUCUACUGCUAGUGGAAAGAAAGUAGAAGUGUCUGAAAAAGCUUUGAAGAAAGUCAAAAAACUCUUUUCCGAAGAAAACAUGUCAGCGACCAAAUCUGAAAGUUAUGGUUUUUCUACUGCUAGUGAAAAGAAAGUAGAUGUUCCUAAUCAAGCCAUGAAGAAAGCUAAAUUACUCUUUUUAGAAGAGGGUAUAUCAGAGACUGGAUCUUCAGGACAGGGAAAGGUAGUACCUACUUCUGAAGUUGCUUCGAAGAAAGCAAAAGUAAUUUUUUCUGAAGUAAGUGAUUUGGAUCCUAGACUAACCAACUGUGGAUUUUCUACAGCAAGUGGAAAGAAGAUUAAUGUUUCUGAACACUCCAUUCAGAAAGCAAAAUCACUCUUUUUGGAAGAGAGCAACUCAGAGACAAAAUCUGAAAAAUGUGGUUUCGCUACAGCUAGUGGAAAGCCAGUGGAUGUUACUAAAAAAGCUCUGAAAAAAGCAGAAUCACUCUUUCCUGAUAGUGUCUCAGAGAAAAGAUGUGGAAAUUAUGGAUUUUCUACUGCUAGUGGAAAAGAAUCCAGUGUUUCUAAAGAAGCCUUGAAGAAAGCAAAAUUACUGUUUUCGGAAGAAAUUGGGUUUGUACCAACAGCAUACUUUGGGCUGUCUGAAACCAGCGGAAAUAAAGCAAGUAUUUCUGAAGGUUCCAUUCUUGUUGAAGGCACUUUGAAUGAUGCCGUUUCAAUAGGUAAAACCAAAACAGUGGAAGUUUCCAAAGAGUCAUUGUUGACAGACAAUUCAAAAUAUCUGGUAAGUGAUCCUCAGGUAGACUUUGGCAGUGAGAGUGCUAUUAGAAAAAUAGAACCACAUAUUAGAAGCAACGUAUCCUCUGGGGUGGUUUGUGAUGCUGCAAGUGUUCAUGACUUUUUUUUUGGGUCUGAAGCCAUGCAAAGUCACAGUCAAACAUCUAAUACAAUGUACAAAUUUGAAAUUGAUAAUAAUGGUUUAAAGAGUCCUGUGCUGCAAAGAAACUCAGUAAAAAUGUACAACACACAGGAGGAUAGUACUUUAGACACUCAUUCAUCUUCCAGUCCAGUUUUGAGAUCGAAAAAUUCUUUUAUACCAAUAAAACCACAGUCUUAUUUUGAUCAUGGGAAAACUGCAGCCAGUUUAGUUCUCAACAAAAGCACGAGUAAAGGAGUUGAUAAAAGUUUGUGCAGUACAAAAUAUUUGGAUGACGGGAAACCGGUAUGUGGAAAAUCGAGGAACUUGUGUGAGAUAACAGAAUUUGUAUCUGAAAUAAACUUGUCCCAAGAAGUGAACGAGCAAGCAACAGCCUUGCUUAUGGAUGAUUCGAACGUCCCACUUUGGGCUUCAAGUUAUGUGACUGGUCCUGAUUCUUCGGGUGAUCGUUUCGAAGCUCCGAGGCCUGUCGUGAGUUCUGAUGCUGGCGAUGUGCUGCCACCUGUCAAAUUUGCACUUGGUAGCCACGACAGGUUUCUUACCAAGAGGUCAUCCAAGUCACGAACGUACAAGACUAGGCUGAGCAUUACAUCUUCCAAGAGACAUGAUGAUUUGCCUCCUCCAUUGUGCUCACAUCAUAAUGAGCAACAAAGUGCUACAAAAAAGUCAACUUUCAAAGUUCCGUACAAGGAUACGGGCCAAGAAGGUCGUGUGCCGGUGCCAUCUGCCAUACAGCCCUUGAGGAACACACGUAAGAGACUCGCGUUUGGAACUCCGUUCGGCAGAGAGCCGCCUGGUGUGACAGCCGCAGGCGAGGAGGCAGCGGCGGAAGUCCGCGCGAGCUUGUCGGGCGCAGAUGUGGCCGCUGCCCGCGCGGAAGCAGCACGCAGGCAAGAGCUGCAGGUGAAGAGUGCGAGGAAAGAUGGCGAAGCCAGGCCGUGCAGAGGAAGCCAUCUGGUGAGGAAGAUCAGGACGAGAGGGGAGCAAGUGACCUGGAAAGAAGCGGCUGCCGGAAGAUUGCGUGGAACGCAUACCACCGACCAGUUGCUGCAACUGGGCAUCAAGAAAGAAUUAAUCUUUGUGAGUGCUGCAAAUGCUGCUGUCUACAGAUUUUCAGCAUGGGAUUUUUAUAGCCCGGACGUGUGCCGGAGCAAUGUCGCUGGCAUCGCAGUGGGUGACGGCGCGCUGCUAAUCCUGGACUCUGCGGGGUUCGCCGGCGUGGAGGAGGUCACCCGGGCGUUCCUGUCGAGUCCUGGCGUGGACCCUUCCUUGCUGCCAUCGGAGAAGUGGGUGCCCAACCACUACCGGUGGAUCGUGUGGAAGCUGGCCGCCACGGACAGGUCGUUUCCGACCCUCUUCGCCUCCAGGUGCUUGACACCUAACAACGUAAUGCUGCAACUGAAAUACCGAUAUGACAGAGAAAUUGACCACAGCGAAAGGCCAGCGCUGUCGCGAAUUCUUCAGCGGGACGAUGCAGCUGGCAAAAGAUUGGUACUGUGCGUUGCGAACAUUUCAAAAGUGGAGGGAAACUCAAAGAGAGAUACCGGUCCAUAUGAACUGGAGCUCACAGAUGGCUGGUACAGCGUAAUGGCUAGUGUGGAUCAUGAAAUGUGCCGCCUCAUUGAAGCCAAGGUUGUCAGUGUUGGAACAAAACUGAUUACGUACGGAGCGGAGCUCCUCAACUGCGACCAAGGCUGUCUUCCACUCGAGGCAGGAGGCGAGGUGCGGCUGAAGCUGCACACCAACUCAACUCGCAGGGCGCGCUGGCACACCAAGCUGGGCUACCACAGCUGUCCCGGCCCCUUGCCGGUGUCCCUGUCCUCGGUGCUGCCGCAGGGGGGCCUGGUCAGCUGCGUCACUGUGGUCGUGGCCCGUGUCUACCCGCCCGUCUACGUGCAGAGGGUGACCGACGGCAAGUCCGUUGUUCGAAAUGAGCGCACGGAGGAGCGAGCGGCGGUGCAGUUUGAGAAGAGCCGGCAGGAGACGGUGGAGCGUGUGCUGAGCCAGGUGCAGGCCCAGCUGAGGCAGGAGUCGGAGGGCAAGAGCGAGCCGAGGCCCCGGGCCAGCAAGCUGACGUCUCAGAUGACCGGGGAGGAUCUCUGCCGACUGCUGGAGCAUGCCCCCGAUCCAGCGUCGCUGCAGACCCUGUUGAGCACAGAACAGCUAGAGGCUGUGAUGUCGUACCAAGAGAAGCGUAAUGAAGAAAUGAGACGAGAACUGGAAUCAAGGAUGCAAGCCCACCUGCAAGACAUCACAAGGAAUGUAGUGCCACUUCUUAAAGUACGUUGCACUGAUGCCAUCAAUCCGGAGUCCGAAAAAUAUGCGACAUUGUCAGUUUGGCGUGCUUCGGAGGAUGUGCAGUCAAUUCUAAAGGAAGGUGCACUUCUUAAAUUGUUUAAUGUCAGUGCUACUGGGAACAGGUACAGGGGCUUGGAGCUUCAGCUGUCGGCGAGCAAGCAGACAGCGUACCAGCCGGUUGCACGCAGUGUCCCUUACCCUCGGAGGAAGGCGACACCCCUCGGUCGAGCCUCGGAGAAGGACUUCUGCCCGCCGUUUGGGGAACUGGACGUCGUGGGCGUGGUGGUGUGCGUUGCGAGUGCCGCCGGCUGCGACGAGGCGUACCUCGCGAGCGAGGACGGAGCAGUCCUCUGCGUCGUGUUCUGGGGCGGUGUCAAGGAAUUUGGUUUUGAAGACAUCUUGGCACCACAGAAUAAAGUAGCAGCCAGCAAUCUUCAGUGGAGGCCAGACACAUCACCGGGUAACAUUCCCCGCACCUAUGCCUGGGAAUGUUCGAGUUUCUGCCUCCACCCACGGAGCAGGCACCUCCAGGAAGCACUGAAGAUCCUGGGGCAAAGGAUGGAAGGGGACAUAAGGCAGUUCAUUACAUCUUGCAAGGAGAAAAUAGAUUCCCUCCAGCAGCAGAAGGCUCGAGGCUUCAUGGCACGUGAUGAAGCAGCUGCCAUAGUGCCCAAGGGGUUUGUGCCGACGGCGGCAAGCAAAGUGCCCAAAAUGACAGACGAGGUGCAGCCCCCUUCGUCCGCUGAGCGCAAGAUAAUGAAGCUGGAGCUGUAUGGGGAAGCGCCACCCCUGUCGCCGAUCAUCCUGCCCUGCCCGCGUGGGGCCCUGAGGAGGGCGUUCCGCGUGCCGCAGCGGCGGGAGGCGUCCCCCAAGCCCGCGGACAGCCCUCCUCUCAGUCUGGAGUCACAGAGUGAAGACGACUGAACUGCUCGUGUUCCUGUUACACUUGUACCUGUUGACGUUGCGUGCAAUUCAUGGUUACCUCGUGCACAUAGGCAGUUGUGUUUCGCAAGAAACAAUUGAUCAGUUGAGACACAUGGUUAUAUUUUCAAUAAUUCAUGUUAUUGGAGAGAGGUGCAUUUUCCACAGUGGGCUCGUCCAAUGAGAAUGCAUUUACUGUUCCACAGAAUGUCCACGAUUCAUCUAAAAACUGCUACUAUCAAAGGAUUGUGAUUAAGCUUAAUGAAGAAUAUCUGGGCAAGUAACUUUUUCGCGAAAAACAACUGUCCCUUCAUGUGCACAUUUUAUGAAGUUCCAUAACUCUAACUUGUAGUAUGAUACACUACAGGACAGAACUAAGUGUUUGUGCCAAAUUAAAUUUAAAUUUAUACUGUAGGGUAGACAUGCGUCUGUGAUAAAGGGCAACUAGUAGGUGGUGAGGUGGUGUCACACAGCCCUACUGACAGCAGGUAGCUGUGAGCUCAUUUUCGUAGACAUCUCAUGAUGAUGCUAGAAUUUUUAAGGUAACUGGCUGUGCAUAGUUUUUUUUUAUAGACAGUUGCAUGGUUUACAGGUAAGUAUAGUGAGAAAAAUUAAAUGUUGGAUUAUAAGAGUGUUGUUACAAUUUUUUUUUAUGUUGUGUAGUUUAUUUACAGGAACUACUUAUCGAUAGGUAAUCUUUGUAAAUACUAAAGACUUGUGACAUGGGUUCAUUCAUCACCUUAUGAUAUUUGUGCAAAGUUAGUCAUGUAUCCUGAAUGACGGUGAAAGUGUGGCGUGAGCAGUGCAUAGUACAAUGUGUUGCAAUAUAUUUUAUAAUGAUGCUGUCAACAAUUUUUUUUUUUUUAAUACGAAUAGGAUGGGCAGGAGUGGAGGCAAACAGAAAUCUGUUUGAUUGUUAAUGCAUCUGGUGUUGUUUCUUUGACUUUAAAAACCACUCAAAAAUAUUUUUAACUGGGCACCAUUGUUUAUCACAUAUAUUAUGUAUAGUACAUAUAAUGGACAUUCAGUUCAGGCAAGUGCUAUUAUAAGUGCUCUUCACGUGUAAUUAUGAAAAAUUCUUUUACUGUGAAUAUUUACUUUGCUGUACUUGUUAUUUUUUACUUGUUAUUUUGUUAUAUUUUUAUUUAGCUCCACAAUAACAGUGUAUAGAAGUAGUUUAUACGUAGUUGUGACAUACUGACUGCCUUUACUCCCUCCCCCUUAGUUUUCCUUCCGUGUACGAAAGUGCAUCACACAAUGUCUCUGUUCGCAUAAUUAAUUUCAUUUAUAAAAAUUAAUGCUGCCCUAGUUUUAACUACAAAUGUAUGAAAUGUAGUAACAUUUUGCAGGGUGUGAAUGUAAUCCAAAAUAAAAAAAAAUGGACUUGUUUUGAAAUGUAUUUACCAGUAUGCAAAAAAUGCUGAGAAAGAAUGCCAUCAAAAAUAUUUUUGUAACUGCAGCUAAUUUGUUUGGCAGAAAAUACCAGUCUGAUAGUUUUAUAUUAAAAAUUUCUGCUAUAGACUUAAAGCAGUAAAAAUUCUCUUAAGAAAAUCUCACUUAAGAAAUUUUCUUGCACAGUAAGUUAAAAUAAAUUAGCAUUCACAUACA